AUGCGAAGGACUUUUUCUUAUUGGGCUUCACGUGCGUGGCGAGUCCAUUCGGAGCUCAUUCAAGGCUGGAUUGCCGCCGCGUCGAGUGAGCCGCGAAAGCUACAGCAGGCACGGUCUUACCUGUACGAUUUGAAGCUUGAGGACGCAAUUGAGGAGGUUGAAGAUGCGACAGACCUCGUGUAUUUUAUGCAUCGUGUCUCGUAUCCGGCAGGAAGUCAUCUGGAGACAAAAGUGGGCCAGUUUCUUUCCAGGUUAUCGGAGCAGCUGACACGCGAAAAUUUGCUGGAAAUUGUCAAGCGACUGAAUGAGCAGCCCAACUCAGGUCCGCUUUGGUCACGUGUUGUAUUUGAGCAGCCUUGGUUUUCUGGUCGAGUUGAGGAGCUGCUGGAGGGGCUUACGCUAGAAGAGCACGUGACUUUUUGUGCUGUCGUCUGGCGUUCUCUGCUCCCUAUGCUUCAGUCACAUUCAUCUCAGCAUGCGACGCGUGGGGCCGCUGUAGCCGUGUCACAGCAACUCGCGUUAUUAACGGCACAGCGCAUUGAACGGAGCAAUGACUGUCAGGCGGUGUGCCUGUGCGCGCAGUUAGGGGUUCCUCUUCAAGGGGAAAGUCUUGCAGUGCUUCGAGAGCUCAUCCUUUCCCUAACACGCGGUGGCAAUCUUAGCCCUGAACAAAUGAUAACGGUGGCAGAGGGCAUCUUGGCACACCACUCUACUGACGCAGAGUGGCUAGACGCUCUACAGGUGGCAAUUUGUGGGAAACCGCUCGGCAGCGUCAGUGCGUCACAUGCUAUUGCUAUUCUACGCGCAGUGACAAGCGCGCGGUCGGGACAUCUCAGCAAAAUGUUUGAGGACCUACUGCUGCGUGUUCUCCCCGACAUGUCACCGGAGGACAUGCUAGGCUGUUGUAGGAGCCUUACCGUCAUGCCAAACGCGGCGCCUUGUCUGCGAAAAGAGCUUCAGAGGCUCCUUUGUUCCAAAACUUCGCUUGGCAAGGGAGCAUCCGAUAGAUACGACGAUGCCUUGUUGUUGCAGCUUCGUGGUAUGUCACUGAUUGCGCCGUCAGAGGCUACUAAGUUGCUUUUGCGGUUUGUGGACCAGCUAAAAGGCACUGAAAAGAUUUCUUCGCCAUCCAUGACGCAAAUUCUUCUUCGGUGUAUGCGGGAUUUGCAACUCUUUCCUCCUGAACUUGUAUCGCACUGCAAAAAUUCCUUUCUUCAGAACACUCCUUCUACUUUUACUCAAGAAGACAUCGCCUAUUUGCUCUAUGCGGCUGCCCGUGCAGGGGAAGCAGUGGAUGGCAUUUUCUUCAAUGAGUUACUGAAUCGUUUUGCCGCUACGCGUAAGUUUGAUCGCCGCAAACAUAAGGCUUAUCAUGGGAACCUUCUUUCCAUUCCUACGGUGACGAUGGUAUUAGAGUCCUUUAAUGUCGCGAAAGGGGGGAGACUCUCAGUGGAGUCAAAGGUGUAUGCAGUGUUGCGUGACGCAAUAGAGCAGCAGCAGCAGCAGCAGCGCCCGGAGGGGAUAAAAAUGGAAGACGCCAUGCAUAUUCUGAAAUUGCUUGUGCAUCUUGGGGUAGAUGACAGAGGAUUAACAACGCUUCUACUGACCCGGCUUUCAAAAGCCAUUGGCUCCAUGACACCCAUCCAUGUGAGGACUCUUUGUGAAGUGUUAGUGGCGCUUAAAUCCCGUGACGUUCUUAUGUUUCGCGCACUUCUUUCUCAUUUGUCUCAAAUUUCGCCCGACCACGAGAGUAUUACUUCGACGGCAUUAACUGCGCGGAAGCUAAAAUUCGUUCCAUAUUUUGAGCAAUCUGUGCUGGUAGAACAUGUCACUUCGAUUGAAGGCUGGAGCUUGUCAGACAUUGUAUUGGUGGCAUGUACGUGUAGCGAAAAGCAGCGUAAAGCCUUUUUGGCCCUGCCAGGAGCAGAAGUACUUUCCCAGGCACGUCCAGAAGAAUUGUCGACGCUCGAUUUAUUCCUACUUCUUUCCAUUUCAAAUGAGGACAGGGAGAAAACGGCCGCGAUUGCAGCAACGUUGAGGUCUCGUCCUCCGAUUGCAGCGGGAGAUCUGGAGGUUGAAGAUGUAUGGCGAGCCUUUGUUAACGUUGCGGAUGACAAAGAGGCACUCGCAGCGGUGUGUCGCUCCGGUGCCGCCACGUUGCAAACUGCGGAUGAGAACACGUUGAUGCGCUUUCUCGAGGCGGCAUCAAAUGUGCCAGAGCUUCCUAACGUCUUUUUUAGAGUGGUAGGAAGAACUGUUCUACGGCUUGCCAAUAACAUGACCGUCGAAAAUGCGUUGCGAUGGUUGGAACUUUACGUUGGACAUCAGAUUCGGGAUGACAGUGUGGGUAAGGCCCUUCUUUCCAAAGUGCGAACACGUAGCCAUAAUGCCGCGUCCCUUGUCGAUAAGACGCUCCGAAAAGCAUCCACCAUGUACGGAAAAACGUACAAUACACAGGGUAAGUUAAGGAAGAACAAAGAGAAGGUUGAAUGGCGUUAUUUCCAUCAAGAUUAA